CACGUCUCAUUUGGUGUUUGAUGCUUUGCAGCUUUUCGACUCUCUUUCAAGGCCCUAACCUUCUGCCGCUAAAGAUUUGAGGUGUUCGAAUCUCGAUUUAUCAAACACGACGAUCGACAAAUUCUGUGAAGUGUGAUGGGGAGGCUAUUUCUGAUUCAUUUGGAAGGGAACAACAAGUAUUGUUGCAAGUACUGCCGGUCGCAUCUUGCUCUGGUCGAUGACAUUGUUUCGAAGUCCUUCCAAUCCAGGCAUGGGAAGGCUUAUCUAUUUGAUAAAGUUGUGAAUGUUACUGCUGGGGCUAAAGAAGAGAGGAUGAUGAUGACUGGACUGCACACUGUGGUCGACAUAUUCUGUGUGAGAUGUGGCUCGAUUGUGGGGUGGAAAUAUGUAGCUGCCUAUGACAAGACCCAAAAAUACAAAGUUGGAAAGUUUAUCUUAGAGAGGUUUCAAGUGUUGGGUCCAGAUGGAAGCAGCUAUUCAAUGAGUCCAGAGAGCCAAAUGACUGGAAGUGAUAGUGAUGCUGACAUGGGUUAAUUUCUUGAGUUCGUACGAGCAAGACUAUUUUGAAAUGUACAUCCUUCACUCUUCAAACUUGCCUUGCUAAAUUUAUAUAUUUUACUAUUAGCAGAGGUCCAUGUUAAACAGACAUCCUGCUUGAACGUNCUUUUUUCUAGUUUAUGGUUUUU